AUGGCGGAGGCCAUCACCUACGCAGACCUGCGGUUCGUGAAGGUGCCCCUGAAGAAGAGCCUCUCCACCUGGCUAGGACAGGACCCAGAGGCUGAUGAGGAUGGGGAGCUCACCUAUGAGAAUGUGCAAGGGCCCUCAGCGCCACCGCUAGCCGACUUGGCUCCCUGUGGACCAGGGGAGAAAGGGAGUGCUGGUUGGUCACGUUCAUCCCAAACAGGGCUGUCCUUUCUCCUGGGUCUGUCACACCCUCUCUGCUUUUUAGAAACCUGCUGUCCUGUGGGCUGGCUACUCAAGAGCGGGCGCUGCUUUUACUUCUCAUCGACUAAGAAAACUUGGGAGGAGAGCCGAAAACAUUGCAAAUCUCUGUCCUCCGACCUGGCUUCAUUCAAAGAGCCUCCACAACCUUACUAUUUCACGAAAUUCAGAGCAGUCUCAGAUCUGUUGUCAUCACAGGCUCUAUCUGAUUCGUACUGGAUUGGCCUCAGGUUUGAUAAGACCUGGCAGUGGGUUGACGGCACACCAUUCACUGGCCAUAGACUCUCUUGGUAUGAAGGAGAGUGUGCUGUAUCAAAAAAGUGGUGGUCAGCACCGCAGGAAGUUAUGUGUUCAAACACGCUACCCUACAUCUGUGAGAUGACAUCCCUCAGAGAUUCAGACAGGGACCACCUUGUGCACUUCUGAGCUGGAUACUGAGGCCAGCAAAAGCCUGUGUCCCUCCUCCCUAGCCUGCGGCCUGUAAGGCCGAUGGUGACCUCCCUCGGUGGCUCCCUCACCGCCUGAUCUGCACCCGACACUUCUAGACAGCCUGCUUGAAACCCUGUUCCAGAAAGGGGACCGUUCCUAGGAGAAGGAUGAAGAAGCCUCUGGAAGGGACUUGGGCCUCCCCAAGACCCCCCACAGCAAAGUGGGGAGGGGGAGGAGGGCGCAUGGGCUGAGUGGAUAGGGGCAGCCCGGAGCCAGCCAGGCAGUUUUAUUGAAAUACUUUUAAAUAA